GUGAGAUCGAAAAAGAGAUGUUAGAAAGUUUCAUUUGAUCUUCAUACAAUACACGAAGCAGGAUAACCUCACCCUCUUUGGGUCCACAGCUUUGCUCUUCUUGAUGGUAAAGUAAGGAGGGACGAACUAGGUCCAACAAAAACUUUAACCUAUCCAUGUGAAUCGGACAUUUUUACAGUUGCUUCUCUUCCCGCAAAUAUUUUCUGAUACACAUGGAAUGGCAUUCAGUGGUAAGGUGGUACUGAUUACAGGGGCAAGUUCUGGAAUUGGAGCUGCUACUGCUGUCCAUUUCUCUCGAUUGGGAGCAAGCCUGUCCCUUACUGGUCGUAAUUCAGACAACUUGAACAAAGUUGCAGAUCAGUGUAUUGUAUCAAAGGACCAACCAAAGCCAUUUCUGAUCACUGGUGACAUAACAAAUGAAGCUGACACAAAAAUAAUUUUGGACUCAACUAUUAAACAAUUUGGUAAGCUUGAUGUUCUCAUCAAUAAUGCAGGAAUCUUGGAAACUGGAAGCAUUGAGAACACCUCAUUGGAACAGUAUGACCGACUCUUCAACACUAAUGUCAGGUCUCUGUACCACUUAACAAUGUUGGCAGUUCCAUACUUAAUACAGACCAAAGGAAAUGUAGUGAAUGUGUCAAGUGUGAACGGGAUUAGAUCUUUCCCUGGCGUUUUGUCUUACUGCAUGUCGAAAGCUGCAGUAGAUCAGUUCACUCGCUGUGUUGCUUUAGACUUGGCUCCCAAGCAAGUGCGAGUCAAUAGUGUAAAUCCAGGAGUUGUAGUAACUGAACUCCAGAAACGGGGAGGAAUGGACUCGGAAGCUUAUGAGAUGUUUCUGGAACGCAGCAAGCAUACACAUGCGUUGGGUCGCCCAGGACAACCGGAUGAAGUGGCUCGAGCAAUCGCGUUUUUGGCCAGUGAUAGUGCAAGCUUCAUCACAGGGGAAACAAUGCCAGUGGAUGGUGGACGUCAUGCCAUGUGUCCUCGGUGAAACAAAAUUUGAAUUAUAUUAAUUGAUGGCUUGUGUAAGUAAAAGUGUAAGGUGUGGGUGUAAUCAUGUUUUAAAUUUGUAUAUUGUAACUCCAUAUUUUGGAUUAAAUUGAUUUAAUUACCAUAUAA